AUGUUUGAAGUUCCAAUUGUUUCUCAUAACGGACAAAUUAAAAGGAAAGCUAAGAUUCGAUGCAAAUAUAAAUUUCUAUUAAAAAAAUAUAAUAGUAAUGGUGAUGGAGAAAGUGGUAGUAAGAAUAGUAGUGUUUUUGAUAAUGAAAAUCAAACCCAACAAAGCGUAAUCACACCUUUGCCUAGCGAACUGGAUGAAGAAUAUAUAAACAAUAAUAUAAGGAUAAAUAGCGAGGGGGAUUUGGCAAAUGAAGAAGACGAGAAUUCUUUGGAAUCUGAUGUUGAUUAUGAAUCCAAAUUACUAAAAGGGUAUAUUAAACCAGAAAAUACAUACGAGUGGUGGUUUGAUAAUGGUAACAAUAGCAAAAAUGAUCAUGAAGCUAAAUUUCAAAAAAAAAAAAAAAAAAAGGGGGGAGACAAUCAUGUUAGACCCAUUGAUAGGCAAGUGGUGAAUUCCAAACGUGUUAAAAAAUUAACCAAAAAAGUUAUAAAUUCUGCAGAAUUUGCCGGUGGUGAAAAUACUAAGCAUAACACUAAGAAUAAAGAAUUGACGAUAUUAUUAAAUGAAAUUUUAAAAAGGGAAAAUAGCAGUGCAGAUAACAUCACCAUCCUGAACAGAAAUUUUUUGAACAAACACGUUUACAAUUUAAUUACCAUGUGGCAUAUGGCUAUAUAUGGGCAGGAUUGGAACAGAUGUUAUAAGAUUUUCUCUAUAUUGAUCAGAUUGCCUAAGAUUGAUAUUAGGUCGAUCUGGUCAUUAGGUGUGGUAACAUUGAAAAAUGCCCAGCAAAGGAUAGAUAGUGACUUUAGUGCUGAGAAUAACAACAAUAAUAACAAAAAAUACAUUGAUUUUUUAGAGUGGUUAAGUACCGUUUUUUCAUCAAAAACCAUUUUCAGGCAAUCAACCAAUUAUUUUUUGGAUCCUGUCUGGAGAAGUGGCUCAACAAAGCAUACACCCAUUUAUAUAUAUUCAUGGCUAUGGUCUUUAUUAAUUGAGACAGCAGCUAGUAGUACCUCCUCGUUGACUAGAAAAAGCUAUGGAAUUGCUGACGAUGAUAGUACUGCCAUUGACUUGGAUAAGAUACAAUGGAUUAUCGAUAAAAUUAACGAAAUGUGUUUGGUUCCCCCAUUUAUGGAUGAUUCAAUGAUUUGGUACAUAUUGGCUACUGCUCAUUUGGUUAAAGCAGAUCACCUAAGUUUACAAAUAUUGAUUUCUAGAACCAAGAAUCGUAAUCAAGAAGUCUCAAACAAUCAAGUAAUUCAGCAUUUGCACUCGUGUAAAAAGGCAUUGGCAGAUGUCUGUGAUAAAGAUAAAGAAUUUGUUUAUGACAAAUUAUUAAUACAAAAUCAACUACUGGAGUGCGAAAAAAGAAUGUACUCAUCCACAUUACAGUCAAAUGGUAAUAUUAUCGGUGUUGACGGAGAAGAAGAAAAGAAGCAUAUAAGCUCUGAAUCAGACAGCAUUACUAAUAAUGGUAACUCUCCCGAAUAUCCCUCAUCCUUUUACGCUUCCGCUAGUGAAGAUGAAUUUGAAACAACUAGAGUUAAUAAAAGGUCGUAUAUGAGAAAUAACAGUGCAGAAAACAACAAAAGUCCGGGUCAUGAGGGCUAUUUUGAAGAUGAUAGUUACAACAGAGACAAUGUCUAUAACGAUGAUGAUCUUAACACUCAGCAAACAGAAGAUAACUUAUUUUUAAAAGACUUGGAUAUGAUAGGAUCGGGAGAACCAAUAUAUUUUAAUGACAGUGAUGAAAAUUCAGACUAA